AAACUGAAGAGAAAGAGAUUGAAGUAUUAACCAAACUAAAAAAAACAGUUGACAAACAAAGAGAAGAAUUGAGGAAGUUAAAGACAGAUGCUAAACACAGAAUGUCUGAUUGUGAGGCUCUUCAGAGCCAACUGGAUCAGAUUGUGAAGGUCAAUGCUGACCUGAGGAGGAGUAACAGUAUACAGAAGAAGCAGGCCCACACCUUACUGGAGGAGAAAAGUGACCUGGAGGCACAGCUGGCCGACAAGGAGCAACAGAUCACCAAAAUCACUCAGAUGAUUCAAGAACAGGAACAAAUUCAAACACAGCAAUCAACUGCCAAACCUCCUCACCCCUCCCUAGAAGUAGAGGAUGAUGAAGCCCCCAUUCCAAACGAAGUUAGUGCCACAAUUUCUUCAGAAAAAUCCCAGUUUCCUCCUGGGGCCCCACCUGUGGGGGAGGAUCCGAGACAGGAGGAGGGUGAAAACAUGGGCCACAUUGAGCACAGGCUCAGCAUGAUUGGUAAAAUGGUCAUUGACAUGAAGGAUCCUGACCGGCCAAGGUUUACAAUGAAGGAACUGAAGACCGUUCUGAUGGAGCGGAACGAGCUCAAGUCCAAGCUUUUAGAGGUGGAGGAGGAGCUCACAGCUUAUAAGCCAAAAGUACCCAGAAAGAACACUAAUUCAAGCACAGACAAUGAAUACCAAGGGGAGGAUCUACCAGUGGAGGGUCCAAUCAACAAAGAACCAGAGGAAAAGGUAUAUCCAGGACAAAGAAAACCCUCAGGAAUUCGGAAAUUUUUUGAUUCACUUUUUGGAUCAUCUUCCUCAAGAAGUCGUUCCAGCAGUGAGAUAUGCUGACAGCCAACUGAUGUAAAUGAAGAAUAUUUCUGUGAUGUAGAACUCAAUAUGGCAGCCUCAUGGUCAGAUUUCCUGCAUAAAAAACAAUCAUACCCAUGGACUUCUUACAAUUAAUUUGUUGCCAAUGAAAUGUUCUGAUGCAUCAUGGGACCAAAACAGAACUAGUAUGUUACAGCUGUAGCAAUCACCACUAGGCUAUAUUGUUUUUUUUCUACAGACAUUAUUCAUGCCAUUAACCAGUAUGAUUAUAAUUUUUAGGAAAUUUAGAAACAUAUAUUGUCUAUAUUUAUAUUUAUAGGGUAAAGAAUUUUGAACAUUUAUAUAAAUGGUAGUUUUACAUAAUUAGUUGAAAUCUAAUCAUACAACUACAUUUACUUGACUGAUGUUGAAUAAUAAUUGUUCCUUGCCUGUCAAGUUUGUAUUUAGUUUAACUUUUUCCCCUCAGAAACAUACAAAUGAAUACUUUUUACCUA